AUGAAAAAAUGUUGGGUAUUCGACUGCGCGGCGCCAGGCCUCUACUGUGAACCGAGGCGUCUUUUAAAACCCUUUUCUACCGAUAGCAUUCUUGACGCCGCCGGCCGUGCGUUCGAAACAGUGGAGGACGGGCUGAAGGCAACCACGUGGCGCACUCAUCAUGCCUUCAGUGCCCGAUGUGGUCUCACUUCAGUGACGCGAAGUGACAGUACCACUUGCGGUAAAGGCGUCGAAGAGUCGUCUGUAUCCCGCUCACCGGAGGACUACCGGGAGUGGCAUGCGGAUUUCCAUCUCCGCUCCCCCAGUGCAGAGCCGCACGUGUUGUUAUCAGUGGCUCCUCAUUACCUCCCGUCACGUGGAAGUGGGAACGCUGACGACGGCCGAAAAAUGGAAGUGGUGGGAAGCCGUGGUCGCUGGUUGAAGCCCUGGCGCCCACAGACUGCAGAAGAACAGGCGGCAUAUGAUGCUGCGGUGCUCGGAACACCACUUAUUUGGGAGGAGCCGUUGGUUCUCUCACUGGAUUGCACCGCCGAUGGGGUGUUUCUUUGGAGUGAAGACCAUGGAAUCUACGGAGAAAAGGUCGCAAACCGCUGUUUUGAGCGGCAUAGCAGCGAUGCCGGGGACGACUCUGCGGAGUUCAAACAGGAAGCCUUCCUAAGAUUUAGGUGGAGUGAGCAGCCUCCAGCACAGACAUCAUCGGUAGGAAGUGGAAGACACGAAAUGAAGGAAGAACAUGUUGAAUCCCCCAAUGUCAGCAAGUGUGGUGAACUGCGCGUUUUCCGGGGACAGCGAACCAAAGUGGAAGCAGAAGAGCCACAUGUGGAACGCAUUUCCUAUGAGGAAGCUGACGUGGAUGCCGGAAGCGGUGGGUUUCUCUGGCAGAGCGUGCUGCACCGCAUCAUCUCGUGUGGGCCCGUACCGAAAGAGGUAUAUUUUGCGCCGUAUGUGACGCUGAUGGAAAGUGGCGAUGAGGUUAGCCUUUUGUGA